ACAUACACACACACUCUCUCACAAAAUACACUCACACAGUCACAGACAAACACACACACUUACAUACACACAUUCACAGAUUGAAAAUCCCUUUGGAAAUCACUUAGAGGGAAUACAUCUGAAAAGGACCCAGAUUAAGAGACUGCUGAAGUGGACGUUCCAAAAGGCCUUAAGUGAGGAGGCAAGUUGGUUGACUGGCCUGGUGGACUCUAAGGCUUAUAACAGACUUCAGCCGUCGGCUAAGGGGGAAGAUUUCAUUGGCAGAGAGGUAGGACUGUAGCAAAAGUGUCUACACUCCAACAUGGACCAGGAGGAUGACAAGAACUCUGUGGAUAUCCAUGACAACCCUCCGGCCCCAGACAAUGUCGUGAGGGAGGAAGGGGAUACUAUCUACUUCAUAUAUGAAGAGGAGGUGGAGGUGGAGGAGAAGGAACCAGAGUUUCCAUCAGACCCUGUUGUCUUGGUCAAUGACAAACCUCACAAGUUCAAGGACCACUAUUGCAAGAAACCCAAAUUCUGUGACGUCUGUGCUCGCAUGAUAGUCCUGAACAACAAGUUUGCCUUGAGGUGUAAAAACUGCAAGACCAACAUCCACCACGCAUGCCAGUCCUAUGUCGAGUUCCAGAAGUGCUUUGGCAAAAUUCCCCCCGGCUUCAGAAGGGCCUACAGCUCCCCACUGUACAGCAGCGACCAACCUGAUCCAAACAACCCCAACCGGAACGACCCUGUGUUCGACACACUGCGGGUAGGGGUCAUCAUGGCAAAUAAAGAACGCAAAAAGAAUGACAAUGACAAGAAAAAUAUGAUGAUGAUGAUGGAGGAGGAGGAAGAGGAGAACCAACAGCCAAAGGAAAAUGAGGAGGGAGGAGAAGGAAAGCCAGAAGACAAGAAGGAAAAAGGCGGCGACAAAGCAGAUGAAAAGAGUAAGGGUACAUUCUCCCAGUCCCACUACUACCUAGCCCUCUACCGUUUCAAGGCCAUUGAGAAAGACGACCUUGACUUUCAUCCUGGUGACCGAAUCACAGUGCUGGAUGACUCCAAUGAAGAGUGGUGGAGGGGAAAGAUGGGUGAGAAGACAGGCUACUUCCCCACAAACUACCUCAUAAAAGUGCGAGCAUCAGAGAGAGUGUAUAAGGUCACGCGCUCCUUUGUCGGAAACCGUGAGAUGGGACAAAUUACACUGAAGAAAGACCAGAUCGUAGUGAAGAAAGGAGAUGAGAAGGGAGGAUACCUGAAGGUCAGCACUGGACGCAAGCUGGGCUUCUUCCCUGCCGACCUGCUGGAAGAGAUAAAAGUGUCUUAAGAGACCACAAGAGGCAAUAAAUAUGCCUGAAAACUGGGGAAAGUCAUCCAUUGCUAGAGAUCUUCACUGUUUGACCAGCAAUUUACUAUGUCAAUAUCAUUUCUUUGUUUAUUUGAAAUGAAAACAAAUUAAAAUGGACUUACCUCCAAAAUGUUCUUAAAAUAUACAAUUGAUACAGUGACAUUUCCUACGUGUAUAGCACAGUAAUGCAAGAGGUCAAAUAUUUAUACCCUACCCCAUACCUGCCAUGCAUACACUGAAUUAAUCUCUACUGAUUACUCACAUUGCACAGACAGAUUUCAAAACAUCAAAUCUGGGUAGUAAGUGCAACAACAACAAAAAAGUUGUACUUCUGCAAGUUUCCAAAUUGGGUUGUCAAAUACUUUUUUAAAUUACAAACCAAACAAUAAUUACACACCUUAUCUGAAAAAGUAAUGGAGCUAAAACAACUUCAAAUGUUUAUUUUUUUUAUAAGUCACUGAACGUUUCAGUUAAUGUUCAGUUAAUCUUGAAGUGUGUUUGACAGCCAUUUGUCUGGUAUGUGAACAGAUUCAGUGCCCCAACUGGAUUCAUUGAUAACCUGCUGAGGUUGAAGUGGGUAUGGCUGCCAUGGAACCCAACUUGAUGUGACGUACCUGUGCACAUAUGAGCCGGACAUAGCUUAAAAUGCAUUUCACAUGUGUAUAUUACAGCCCUUUAAAGCCAUAUAAGAAGCAGCCAUUUGACACAAGAUGCACAUCAUGCACUCUUAACUUUUCUGUAGCUCAUGAAGUUGAAAUGCUUCAUGAGGUGAAAUAUUUUCCGAAUUUCCAAGAUUCUUGUAUAAUAGCAAGACAAAUUUAAUAAUGAACAUAUAAAUAGCAUUUCAUGAUGAGCUUGUCAAAUACAUGCUGAACUUUCAUCAGCGCAUGAGACUUUUUUGUGCUUUUUCAAAAUAGCAUGUUCUUAAUAAUGAUUUAUGUAGAAAUGUAUGGUUUCCAAAUAUGAUUUUUCUUU